UUACUACCGAGGUUUUUAUUGCACUUUUUCCCUCUCUUUUCCACGUCCCUCCUUUCACUACCCUACACCAUGUACUCCUGCGCAUGUUAGUCUUCACCAUUUCCAAAUUAAGAUCUUCUUCAACAACUGCUUCAACUUUCAAUUUUUGUAUAAUCUAAUUUUCUGAAGCUCUGCUAACAUGCGCCGUAGAAACACAGCCGUUUGAUCUCUGUCGGAUUAUUUGUUCUGACAACGUUGUCAAAUCAUGGGUUUUCAAUUUUAUGUAAAAUAGAUUCACCCAUUUUUCUCAUGGUAAAUUCCCAAGUUACAUUGCAGCAAUGCUUCACUUUUCAAUUUUUGUUAACGGUUGUUGCAGCUUAGUGAUGGUUUUGUUGAUACGGAUUCCAAUACCUCCCGAAGAGGUUGUUGCAUUUCUGUUGAGAUGCUGUUUUCAAGCGAAAUCAGCAAGUCAUCUAAUUGAUGCACUGAAUGCAGAGGGGGAACAUAUAGAUGUCAUACUAGCUAAAGUUGGCCUUCCGAAGAAGGGUAUGAGGGUGUUUAAGUACAUGGCACGAGACAAAGAAUUGUGCAGAAUUCCUAUUAUAAUGAUGUCCACACAAGAUGUGGUAUCCGUUGUUGUUAAGUGCUUGGGAUUUGGAGCAGUAGACUAUCUAGUAAAUCCUUUAUGCACAAAUUGUUAAGGAGUCCCACUUCAAAUAGGAGAUGGUUUGACAAUGUGUUUAUAAGUGGGGACAAAUCCUCACCUCACAAGCCGGUUUUUUGGGGUUGUGUUAGACCCAACCACAAUUUAUUUCCAGGAGGGUAUCAGAGUCUCCUCCAAGAUCCAUCAGGCCACCUACUAUCGGGUUUCUUCCAUUUAGCCAUCCACCAUUUUUAUCCACGCUCUAGAUGUCCCAUUUUGGGCGUGAGGGGUGUCUUAAAGAGACGCACAUCAGAUGGAGAUGGUCUGACAAUAUGUUUACAAGUGGGGGAAAUCAUCACCUCACAAGCCAUUUUUGUUGGGUUGUACUGUCCAACUUCAUAUCUAUGGAUCUUCAUAAUGUGUGAUUCAUUCAUCCAUUAUUAAUUUCUCACCAACUUAUCGUAAACAUUGGCCAAUAUUAAAUGGAUUCAUAGGACUGACUAAUGUGUAUUUACACCUUUGUUUUGUUCUGUCAACUUUCACCAUCACAACCAUUGUAUUUAGAAAUUUAUAUGUGUGCUUGUUAUCAUUGUUAAUUAAAGAAAUGUUACUUUGUUUUCACAUGUGCUAAGUGGUGAGACGUACGAGCUCCACGUCGUCGCCACUAAACUUGGUGCUCCAUAUUCAAAGGCCAUUUCGUCUCUGCUGUGCGUGGUCAAGAUAUUGAAGGAUUGUGUGAGAGUAGAGCGAGGUUCUUAGAAAGUUGAUUUUAUUAUUUGUUUUUUCAUUAUUAUUUUCUCAUCGGUUGGAUUAAUCCAACAGUUGACAAUAGGGAAGGAGAGGUAGCGUGAGAGGACAUAGCAGGAGGGGAUCACAAUCUGUUCUAUUGUGGGCGCAGCCCAGAAUGGGACCAGGCCGCACGAAUCGGUUUUGAAAAGGCCCACUAGAGUUAUUUCUUUUUUUCUUUAAAUGGGGCAUAAUCAGCUAAAGUCAAAAUUUUGAAUAACCUUAUACAGAUCCACAGACAAACAGCCCUAUCAUAUUUUCGGUCCUCACUCCCUCCCUCCUACAUAAGCUCUUUGCCUGGUUCAAGUUAUGGACGUAACAGGUUCAAGUUUGCCCAAUAAUCAACAAAGAAAUCUUCCUGAAGCUGUGCAAGCAUUUGGUUUCAGUGUUCGGUGUGACUCCUGCGCUAAAUGGAGGUUAAUUCCAACAAAGGAAAAAUAUGAAGAAAUACUUGAAUAUAUGGGUCAGAAUUUUUUUUUUUGUGAAAAUGUUUGUGAGUGGCGACCUGGUGUAUCUUGUGAUGAUACAGAGGAUAUUUCUCCGGAUAGCGGUGGGAUUUGGGGUUUUGACGAGCUAGGCACUCCGCAGGCUCCAGAUGGAUGGCAGCGACUGGUACAUUUCAGAGCUGAAGGAAGCAGUCAACUUGGAGAUGUAUACUAUGAAGCACCAUCAGGCAAGAAAUUGCGCUCAAUGCCCGAGGUCAAGAAGUUCUUGGCAGAUCAUCCAGAGUAUAUGACAGAUGGUGUAACUCUUUCGCGGUUCUCAUUUAAAAGACCUAAGUCGCAAGAAAGCUAUGUGAGGAAGCGCUCUCAUGCUAAAUCGGUUGAACAUAAGCAAGGGAUUCCUGUUAGCCGUCCUGCAAAAAAGCGAGCAACUCAAAGUUUCCUCCAUAAAGAUGCAGUUUAGUGGAGAAAGAAGUCAACUGAAGGACCUCAUCAAAUUUCUAAAUCCCCUAUUUUUGCAUUGAUUUUGGUGUAAGAUUGUAUCUUACUCUGUAAUAUUUCUUUUGAGUGGAGAAAUGUAUGAUUUUUGGAUUAUUGUGCAUGGUGAUAUGUGUGGUGCAUGAUUGCAUCUUACUUUUGUUAAAAAUGAACUGCAAAAUUGGAGAAAGGCAUAGUUUGACAUGUAUUCUGCGGUAUGAACUGAGCAUACCGAAAACGUGUAUGAUAUACUAUGACUUUGAGUUGAGAA